AUGGAAGAUUUAAAAGAGACAUUAAACUCAACAUUUCAUCUAUUUUCGCACAAUAAAAGUUACGCUAUACCUGGUACUUAUGACAUCGAUUCUAUUGACUCAGCAUGGGUUCUCUCAUCAGCACUAAUCUUCUUUACGAUGCAAACAGGCCUAGGAUUACUAGAAGCAGGUAUUUUGUCCAAAAAGAACGAAGUGAAUGUGUUGAUGAAGAAAUUUGCUGAUAUUUGUUGUGUUGGUUUUGCAUACUACGUAUAUGGAUUUGCAUUUAUGUACGGUCGAGGUGAAUACACGAAUCCUUUUAUUGGACUUGGUGACUUCUUUGUCAAUGCUGACAAAAACGAUAAAUUUGCCAAUCAAAUAUUCACAUUCUUCUUCUUCCAAAUAAGUUUUGCGUCAACUAGCACAACUAUUGCCAGUGGAGGUGCUGGAGAGCGAUUCAGGUUCUCUGCAUACAUUAUUUAUUGCUUCUUCAGUUGCUUCAUUUAUUCAGUUGGUGCUGGAUGGAUCUGGGGGCAACAUGGAUUCUUGAAGAACUUAGGUGUCAUCGAUUUUGCUGGCAGUGGACCAGUUCACAUUAUUGGAGGUGCUGGAGCAUUAGUGUCUGCUUAUUACAUUGGACCACGAAUUGGUAGAUAUGAAAAAGGAACUAAACCACUUCCAAUUGGAAAUCCUUUCAAUCUUUGCCUUGGUACACUAAUUGUAAUGUGGGGCUGGUACGGCUUCAACGCAGGAUCAAGCUACGGAUUAUCUGGUGAAAAAUGGAAUACAUCAGCAAGAGCCGGUGUGUCAACAGUUGUUACUUCAAUGGCUGCUGGAUUUUUCAGUAUGGUAUACUCGAUGGUUAAGAAUAAAGGAAAAGUGUCUGUGCUGGAAGUGAUUUGUGGAAUUCUUUGCUCAAUGGCUGCAAUAAAUGCUGGAUGCUCCGUAUAUUCAAUCCAUACGUCAAUUGUUGUUGGCUUGAUUGCUGCCAUGCUUUGCUUCAUUGUCGGACCACUUAUUGAUCGAAUGAAAAUUGAUGAUGCAGUUGGCGCUACAGCAAUUCAUUUAGUAGGUGGAAUUUGGGGACAAAUUGCGGUUGGAUUAUUUGCUGAUCCGAUUGAUGGUCAUCAAGGACUAUUUUAUGGAGGAGGAUUCUACUUACUUUGCAUUCAAACGUUCUCGUCAAUCUGCUUAGCAUUAUGGGCUGCUCUAACCACACUAAUCAUCUUAUGGUUCGUCAACAAAAUAAUCCCAAUUCGAUUAAGUGUUGAGGAAGAAACUCUUGGCUGUGACUUGACUGAGCAUUUUGAAAAUGAUGAACUUCAUAAGUUGCUCACGAAUACUGAAACUAAAACUGGAAAUAUGGUUCCGAAAUAUGUUUGUCCUUGCCAUUUAUCACCUGAUAAUGAUUUAAAUAAGCGUAAAGUUUUUUAUAUUAAUGAAAAUUUUGAACCUUAA